AUGAAAGCAGGGGUCUUAACUACCCGAAACCUGGAUAAUGCUCCUGUGAAAAAUAUCGCGGUAAUGACAACCGGAGCUCAAUCUGUAUUAUGGAACGAUUUUGUAUUCCUGAAUUCAUACCUCUCCAAAGUUCCGAGGAAAAUCAGGCCCCACAAGGCUGAAGCCAUCAAUCACGCCCGAGUUUUUCUUAAUUCCUAUUACCAAGGUCAAGUGGAGGAAGCGGGUUUCAUAGAAGCCAUGUCAUGUUUGUGGUUUUAUACUACGGUUAACGGGCAUUUUUUGAUACCUGAGGGGAUGUUGGGAGACGAUACAUGGACUGCUGCAACUAAUGUGGCAAAGCUUUCAUCGGAUGUGGUGACCAAGCCAUACUUUAUGCCUCAAAAAGGCGUCCCAAGCGGAACGGACAAAGCCUCCCAGGUGAACUUUGAUGGUCCCAAACCCGUCUCAAUGAGCGAAGAAUGGAUGUCACAGUUCUACUCUGUAAUGUGGGACAUGUUAGGUAACACAGAUGAUACCGACACCGCAAUUCACAUCUUGUCUUUUCUGGCUGGAACUUUAUGCCGAUUGGUUGUAAAAGAUCCUGCAUCUGUCGAACUGCAUAUUGUGCAAUUGUCUAGAGACAGAUUCAACUCAGUGUUUUCUAUGACACACGGUUUCUCUAAUUUUGCGCCUCCCAACACCGGAAUUUAUGAUUUCUGGGAAUCUUCGUUACGAAAAUACUCCCCUCAAUCCAACGUGGUGCUGGCUACUUUGGUAGGAGCAUUGAAGUUGGAAUCUGAUGACGCGAACUCAGAUGUGAGAGGAGCAUUGAAAGCCAUAUGCCUCCUAAGUCUGUCAGGAGUGGGAUUAGGAGAACUCAACUGGGCCCAAAAAGCCGCAGAAGUGUGUAGGGUCUCUUUAUGUGAGUUCUUAAAAAGAAUUUCCGUCGAAGCAUUCCACGAGAUUUGUCAAAACAUCUAUAGUUUUCUCCUUACAGUGAAUAACAGUGGAGACCAAAUUUUCUUAUUCUGCAAAUUGUUCGCUGACGGUGCAUACUCAGCCCUGUCUGCCAAAAAUAAUCCUGAUUUUGCUAUGACAUGUGCAGCUAUAAGUCCACGCAAACCAUGA